GUGAUCCAACACGCUGCGCGGUGACGUCAGGGGCGUCUGAGGCAGAAAGGGCAGCACGGGUCCGGAAUCGCCGGGCAUUAGGAUUGGCUGAUUUCUUUUUUUAAUGUUUUUUGUCUUUUUUUCGGGGUCCGGAGGAGUGUACUAAGUAGCCGGUAGUGAAGAGGGAAGAUGGCUGCCGCAUUGAAGUACAUCUCUAUCGCAUCGUUCUGACAUCCGGGGAUGUGUUGACCAAAACGCAUUUCUGUAAUCCUCAUAGCGUCUAAGUGGUGUGGGGAAGAUGGGCUUUGGCAAAGAACUCAGAUCUUCUCAUGAUGCCUUACUCAAACUACAAGACUGGGAGCUGCGACUGUUGGAAACUGUGAAGAAGUUUAUGUCGUUGAGAAUUAAAAGUGACAAGGAGUAUGCUUCAACUUUACAGAAUCUUUGCAACCAAGUGGACAAGGAGAGCGCUCUCCCACUAGAUUACAUAAGCAAUGUAUCCAAGUCAUGGUUGCACUUAGUGCAGCAGACAGAACAGCUGAGCAAAGUUAUGAAGACACAUGCUGAAGAACUCAAUGCUGGACCACUCCACCGCCUUACCACUUUGAUUAAAGACAAGCAGUAUGUAAAAAAGAGCUACAGCAAUAUCAACCAGCAGAUUGAGGCUGAACUGUACAAGGUCUCAAAAACAGAACUGGAAAAGCUGAAGUCAAGCUACAAACAGUUAACAAAAGAAGUAAAUUCUGCUAAAGAGAAAUUCAAAGAUGCAUCAGUCAAGGGUAAAGAGACUGAAAAGGCCAGAGACCGAUAUGAUAAAGCAAACAUGAAGCUUCAUAUACUUCAUAACCAAUAUGUGCUUGCUGUAAAAGGAGCUCAGCUUCAUCAGCAUCAAUAUUAUGACUCCACUCUCCCACUUCUGUUGGAUUCUUUGCAGAAGAUGCAAGAGGAAAUGAUACAAGCCCUUAAAGGCAUUUUUGCUGAAUACUGCCAGAUAACCAGCCUAGUUUCUGAAGAAAUUGUUGCUGUUCAUAAGGAGCUUGAGACCUGUGUUGAGGAAAUUAAUCCAAGCACAGAGUAUGAUAACUUCAUUGAAAAACACAGGACUGAAGAGACCAAGGAACCAGAUAUAGAAUUUGACACAUCUUUAUUAGAGGAAUUAGAAACUCUGCAGGCUAAUGAAAUCAUGUGGAACAAUCUAACUGCAGACAGUCUCAAUUCAAUGUUAAAAACAGCAACCGAUGAACUAUCUCGGACACAGCAAGCCCUUUUAACCAAAGAGGAACAACUGUCUAAAUUAGAAGUGAACCUAGAAGAAUCUGCUAGCACUUGUGAAAAAACAUCUGACACUGUGCUUUUGCUAAGCCAGAAGCAAGCCAUUGAAGAACUGAAGCAGUCAAUUGAGAAUCUGAAGUGCACAGAGUCAAAACUUUCAGCCCAAAAGGAGCUACUGGACAGGAAGAUUCAGGAAAAUGAAGGAAAAGAGCCUCCUCUAGUGGUUAAUUAUGAAGAAGAUGCCAGAUCUGUUUCUUCUGUGGAUAAAAAGGAAAAGGUAUCAAAAUUUUAUACUUUUCGACAUUCAAUAGCGGGAAUUAUCAGAUCACCAAAGUCAAUGCUUGGCUCCUCAUCGUUGCUUGAUGGAAUAUCAGCUAUCGACAAGCCUCUAUCUGAGCAAGAUUGGUACCAUGGUGCAAUUCCAAGGGUGGAAGCACAAGAAUUGCUAAAGCAACAAGGAGACUUCUUGGUGCGAGAAAGCCAUGGGAAACCUGGUGAAUAUGUCCUUUCUGUGUUUUCAGAUUCACAACGGAGGCACUUUAUCAUUCAGUUUGCUGAUGUACGUAAUCAAUAUAGAUUCGAAGGCACUGGAUUUCCAACUAUACCACAACUAAUAGAACAUCACUACACAACUAAACAAGUCAUAACAAAAAAAUCAGGGGUAGUUCUGCUGAAUCCGGUGGUUAAGGAUAAAAAGUGGAUUCUGAAUCAUGAAGAUGUUACCCUUGGAGAAUUGUUAGGAAAGGGCAAUUUUGGGGAAGUUUAUAAGGGUACUCUAAAGGAUAAAACACCAGUUGCUGUGAAAACAUGUAAAGAAGAUCUUCCUCAGGAACUGAAAAUAAAGUUUUUAUCUGAAGCAAGAAUACUGAAGCAAUAUGAUCAUGCGAAUAUUGUUAAGCUUAUUGGAGUAUGUACCCAAAGGCAACCAAUUUAUAUAGUCAUGGAACUUGUGCCAGGUGGUGAUUUUCUGUCCUUCUUAAGAAAAAAGAAGGAUGAUAUGAAAACAAAGCAGCUUGUGAAAUUUUCCUUGGAUGCAGCUUCUGGGAUGGCCUACUUGGAAUCUAAAAAUUGCAUUCACAGGGACCUAGCAGCACGCAACUGCCUGGUUGGUGAGAAUAAUGUUUUGAAAAUCAGUGACUUUGGCAUGUCUCGUCAAGAGGAUGAUGGGAUAUAUUCGUCUUCUGGUUUAAAGCAGAUCCCAAUCAAAUGGACAGCCCCAGAGGCUCUCAACUAUGGUCGGUACAGUUCGGAGAGUGAUGUAUGGAGUUUUGGCAUACUUCUCUGGGAAACGUUCAGCUUAGGAGUCUGCCCCUAUCCUGGAAUGACCAAUCAGCAAGCACGUGAACAAGUAGAAAAGGGAUACCGAAUGUCUGCUCCGCAGGAUUGUCCAGAGGAAGUGUUUAGAAUAAUGCAAAAGUGUUGGGAAUACAAACCAGAGAAUCGUCCGAAGUUCAGUGAAAUGCAGAAAGAACUUUCUUUUAUCAAGAAGAAAAUAACAUAGUGGAAACCAAAUGAUGGACUUUUGUUUUGUAUCCUAGUAUUGUAUUCGGGUGUGUUUUUCUUACACACAGGGAUUUAACCAAAACACAUUUUGCUGCCAUAUUUAGUUUAUCUGCAUGUGCCUUAAUUGUUAAAUAUAAAAGGCCCCACCAAAGGCAGCAGUUUUUAUGUCUUGUGAGACGUCACUAAACAAUGUCAAUAUCAAGAUUUUGUACAUAUGAGCCUAACCCUCAGAGUAAUGCACUAUAACCCUAAAUGGUUUCAAUCAUUUAACUGCUUACUAGUUCACUAACAGUACUGCACAGUGUGCCAUUAUUUAUCAUUUGUCAUCUUCCCUUUCCAGGAAUGGGGAGAAUAUUUAACCUUUGCACCAUCCUAUAAGUAUGGACCAUAGUUUGCUGUUUACCAAUGUGGCUACUGUGGUUCCCUUCCUGCUUUUGUAAGAGGGAAAGGAACUCGUUAAGAUUUGAUUUCAUAAUACCACUGUGACUAGAUGCUACCCUGUUAUCUAUUUGAGUUCCCUCUAAUGCACUUUUUAAAUACAGUACCUGUGACCUGUAUUCAUCGGCUUUGAACCCAGUUAUUCAACAGUUUGUUUUCAAUUGGAUUGAAAAUGGUAUACUGUUGGUAACUAAUAAUUCAGGGCAUUUAAAAGGUUUUUCUUUUGCUUUAGAGCCUAAAAGGGGCAGUAUAUUCCAUUUUUAAUAUGAGUUCAAAAAACAAGGCCUGCUCUGGACAUACUUUUUUCCUGUUUUAAUCAGAAACAUCGAUGGUGUUGUUUAUUCACUUAAAAAGGAAAAAUAUAAAUAUUCCAUGUUUGGUCAUUGCAAGAUAAAUAAUUAGGUUCCCAAUCUAUUAUCUAGGAGGAUUAUCUGUGUACUGGUGAAAUAAUUAUCUACCUUGUGAGGACCAAACAUGGAGUAGUUUCGGUUUCCCUGUUUAGCUCAAAAAAUAUCAAAACCCAUAGAUUUUUGGGAAUAAAUCAAUAGGCAUUCAAGUAUGUUCCACUUAUUAAAUCAAACUGUUGAAGAGGGGUUUAUGCAAGACCAAAGUCUGAGUUUUAUCCCAUGUUUUUCUAUGAAUUCAAAGAACUAAUACUUUUUUUCAUUUCUGUUUUAAUAGUAUCUUGUUUAUUAUUAUGCUAUUUUAUGUGGGUCACAAUUUUCGGUAGAGUGAAGAUUCAUUCUACAAAAACACAGAAUGUAUUCCUUCGUAUAUAUAUUAAUAUUCAUUAAGCAUUCAUCUAAAGCAGUGAUCUCCAAUCAGUGGCUUGUUGGAGCAACAUGUUGCUCAUCGACCCAUUGGAUGUUGCUUCCAGUGUCCUCAAAGCAGGUACUUCUUUUGGAAUUCCUGGCUUGGAGGCAACUUUUGGUUGCAUAAAAACCAUGUGUACUGCCAAGCAGAGCCUCCUGUAGGCUGCCAGUCAACAUAGGAGCUACCAAAUAGCCAACCACAGCCCUUAUUUGAUAUCCCCAGGAACUUUUUUGCAUUGCCUUCCAACAUUUCCAAACGUUGCUGUCCGACGUUUUUACAUCUGAAUGUGGCGCAUGGGUGAAAAAAAAGUUGGGGACCCCUGAUCUAAAGGAAUUCUUGGAAGGCAACGCUGGUUACCAGAUUUAAUUUAGUUUAAGGGAAACUUACUUGGAGAAAUUGUAGUAAAUAAUUACCUGCUUUACCACCAUUUGAGCAGGAGUUACUAAUACACAGCAUGUAGCUGCCAAACUCCUCCUGAUUCAUUUGAUUGGUCUUGUAUAUUUUAUCUAUUGCAGUGUGUUCUAGUUUAACUCUACAAACCCUUCAAGAAGAACUGAAAUGUUUACUAUAUUUGCACAGCUAUCUUAUUAUUGUUAGUGUAUUUUGUUAUUAUACUGAUGUCACAAUAGGUGGGCAGGGCAAUGAUCUGGUAAAACAGAACUUGUAUACAUUAGUGCUCCAACCUAUUGAGUGCUUGCUCUGCUGCCAUGCCCCACAUUACACCUUUGGAAGUAAACAAAUAAGACUUAUCGGUGACCAAUUUAAUUUACAGAAGUUUAUAUGGUGAUGCAUUCUACUCCAAAACAAUUUUUUUUUUUUUUUUUUGUUUAUAAAAAAAACCUUCAUUGGUAUGAAAACACUGUACAUUUUCCAUUGUUUAGAGAAUACAGAGAACCCAACUAAUGACUUGGGUAGGUGUAGUACUACUGUCCUCCAAGCCUUCCAGCAGUAUAUGACCUUGGAUCUGUGAAUGCCCUGACCUUAUGUUUUACAGAAUAUCAGACUGUAGUGUCCGUGUUUAGAAAAACAUUCUCUAUAAUGAACAAGGAAAGUGCAUGUUGAUAGGAAUGAAAGCUUUUUAAAUGAGAUGCUGGCUCAAGGUAAGCCAUUAACAUAAAAACAUGAAACAUUUUGUUUUCCUCUUCAGGUUAUUAUUUUGUCCAGUGUUGCAUGUAACAGUCCUUGUUCUCUUAUGCCUGUUCCUUCUUUAGAUUAACAUAAAAACAUGAAACAUUUUGUUUUCCUCUUCAGGUUAUUAUUUUGUCCAGUGUUGCAUGUAACAGUCCUUGUUCUCUUAUGCCUGUUCCUUCUUUAGAUUAGGCUCCACAUAAACCUGGAGUUAUUUUAUUUUUUCUAAUUACACUUUUGACCUAA